CAUAAUUUGACUGCUGACUCCACUCCAGAACAAUUAAGAAAACAUGCUCCAGAACUUAAUGUUCAAUUGCAUGAUUGGAAGGCCCGCAACAAAGAGCAGAUAGAGGCUCUUGUACCAGAUAAGAGAAAAGAAAAACUCACCAUAGAGGAAAGAGCAAAAUAUUGUGCUAAGACUGGUGAUAAGUGGGACAUUUUCAUUCAUUCUCGUGACAUAGGUCCAAAAAGUAAUGAUGAUAAAGAAAUUGUCGCCAGUUGUUCAUGGCUCUCACUAUUUCAUAAUGAAUUGCUGAAAGUUGGUGUUGCUUGUGAACUAAUUGAUACUUAUGCCAAAGACUCGAAUGUUACUACAGCUUCUAACAAAAUUCAGAAAAAACGGACUGAGCGAGAUGUAGCCAAUAAUCAGUUAAAAAUUCCACCAUAUUUCUCCUUAGAAAAGGGACUUAAAAGGAUUCAGAAUAUCGAUACUACUAAUGAUUCCUCAUUACAGGAUCUUGCAGAUAUAAUGAUGAUGUUGUGUAUGAGGCCGGCUGAAAAUAAAGAAGAAAAUAAUGAUAAUCCAGAGCCUCGCACAUUUCUUGUCAUGGAGAAGAAUCCAGAACGUGCAAGAACACUACUCAUCUGGAUUCAAGAAGCUAUAAAGGCUAGAAAGUUGGGUGAUCCCACCUUUAGUGAAAAUGGAAAGCGGAACACUAGGGCAUUUAGCGAAUUCCUGAAGCCUCAUAAAAUUACGCCUAAAAUAUUAAGAAAAAUAGGAGGUAAGCAUGCCUGCAGAGUCCAUGGCGGACCAAACCCAACUCAUCAGCAUCUUGAUCUUCUUAACAGAAUAGUAUUGAGACAUAAGAUUGUCCGUCUAGAUGCAAGAAAGAAUUACGCUAUAGAUGAUACAGAAUCAGAGGAGUCUGACUCCAAACCAGAGACAAGUGACAGUUCAAAACCCCAAAUACAGGCUUCUUCGUCAUCUCAAACAAUAGAAAUGGAUUUAAUGUUAGCUGAAAUUGAUGCAAU